ACAAUGUCGACUUCUCGCGGUCUGGAAGGUCCUCUCUCGAAAUGGACGAACGUCGUUCAAGGCUGGCAGUAUCGCUGGUUUGUCUUAGACAAAGAGUCGGGUUUACUGUCUUACUACACAUCGAAGGAAAAGAUGAUGAAAGGCUCGAGAAGGGGCUGUCUACGUUUAAGAGGAGCUGUAAUUGGCAUAGAUGAUGAAGACGAUAGCACAUUUACUAUCAGCUGUGACAACAAAACUUUCCAUUUUCAAGCUCGUGAUAAAGAGGAAAGAGACAGUUGGGUGGCAGCACUAGAAGAUACGAUUGAUUAUCAUGCACAACCAGUGAAGCGCUUAACCAGAGAAGACAAAACUCCAGGUUUAGUGUCACAACAAGAAAUUGAUCAAAGUCUUCGAGAGGCAACAGGAUAUCACAAGCUGCUGAUAGACCAAGUGCAGAAACUGGAGGCUCGAUUUGAAAGUUUUACUGCACAAUUAGGACGUCAAUCACAGGUAGUGACAGAAAUCUCACAGGGCAUGGUUGAUGCUAUGAAAGAGUGCCUGGAUCUCAUGCACAGAGCACGGCUACGUGAUGGUCAAGCUGUUCUUGGAACUGAGAGUGAUGAUGUAUUGACACAUCUGCAUAAGUUUGGGUUACAAAACAAACAAGAUGCACAUCAGCCAUCAAAUGUGAGAGAAUCGAGAAAAGUAAAUGCAACAAUAAAAAAGACAGAAAUAAAGCAGGAUGAAAGCAACGCACAUGAGGGGACAAAACAGGAGACAGAGAAGUCUACGACAUCAAGAGUGAAUUUGGAUUCUGUCAGUCCUCUUGUAACACUUCCAGUCUACCAGGAAGGUGAGCCGUUUGCUUCAUACUCAAGCGAUGAAGACCCAGAAUUCUUUGAUGCCAAUGAGAUACUGGAUGACGAAGAGAAACCAAACGAUUUAACUGUUGCAUCAAAACCUGUUCAUGUUCGGGUACGAACAGCAUCACAGGAAAAAGUAUUGGCUGACAGUGACAGUGACAGUGAUGAUGCUUCAGGUGCCGACAGAAGUGUUAUUUCUCACCUUUUGUCUCAAGUUCGUAUCGGCAUGGAUCUUACUCGUAUCACUUUGCCAACAUUUAUACUCGAAAAACGAUCGCUACUUGAGAUGUACGCUGAUUUCUUUGCUCAUCCAGACAUCUUUGUGCAUGUUACUGAUCUACCCGACCCUAAAGACAGAAUGAUUCAAGUUGUCAAGUGGUACCUCUCUGCUUUCCAUGCCGGUAGACGGGGUGUUGUUGCAAAGAAGCCAUACAACCCCAUUCUUGGAGAGAUAUUUCAGUGUUACUGGGAUCUCAGUGACAUCAGCUCAUUAGACUCUCCAUGCUCUCAACUGGUUGACAGUGGACCAGUACCCUGGGCAGCAUCUAACUCGGUCACAUUUAUAGCAGAACAGGUGUCCCAUCAUCCACCAAUUUCUGCUUUUUAUGCUGAAGAUGCGAGUAGACGGAUAGAGGUGAAUGCUCACGUUUACACGAAGUCAAAGUUUCUUGGGCUUGCUAUUGGAGUUCACAACAUUGGAGAAGGUAACGUGUCUUUUCUUGAUCGAGAUGAACAUUACCAAGUCACAUUUCCUAAUGGAUACGGCAGAUCUAUUUUGACUGUUCCAUGGAUGGAACUUGGUGGUAAAGUUUUGAUCACUUGUCACAAGACGGGAUACUCAGCACCUAUUGAGUUUCAUUGCAAACCAUUUUAUGGUGGCAAGAAGCACAGAAUAACAGGCGAAAUCAUUCACUCAUCAAGUCGAAAACCAGAAGCCAAGAUUGAAGGUGAAUGGAAUGGAGUAAUGUACAUAAAACAUGAGGAUAGAGAAUCAGAGGUUUUCAUAGACACGACUACACUUCCUGUUGUUAAGAAGAGAGUGAGGAGUCUUGACGUACAAGCAGAUAACGAGUCACGAGUGUUGUGGAGAGAUGUGACUAUGAACCUAAAGUCAAAGAGCUUAGAUGCAGCUACAGCAGCUAAACGAAAGCUUGAGGAGAAGCAACGAGCAGAAGCAAAGGCAAGGAAAGAAACGAAUACAGAGUGGAAACAAAGACUGUUCCAUUUGGAAGGAAAUUCGUGGAGAUACAAUACGCCUCUCAGUUCACGUUUGACUUGAUGCUAAAUGAAAUUUCUAUACUUCGGUCAGUGAUUAUUUCACCGGAUUUGUAGACACUAAGAAAAGUUGUGUUGCCUAAAUGUACAAUUGAAAUAAAUAAUUAAUUAAUGGUCUUAAAUGGUUAGUGUAGCCAGUGUGUGGUUUAUGAUAAUGCAGUUUGUGUAGAGAACAGUUGAGCUUGAGUAAAUCUCUUUGCUAGUAGACAGUCAUGCUUGAUAAAAGGAGAUGCUAGACUUUACUGUAAUUGCAUUGUUGUUGUUGUUGUUAUUGUGUGGACAUGUGUGUACAUGUGUGUGUGUGUGCAUGUGAGUGUGUGUGUGUCUGUGUCUGUGCGUGUGUGUGUG